GUGAGUCCAUAAGCAUUGUGAGGCUCUCUCUUGUCUUUGUGAAACACGAAAAGCACGUCAUCGAUCUCCGAACUGCCGAAGAACAUAAAACGCGCACACACUUUUUUCUCUUCUCUCUCAGUUCUUUCCCAAUAUAGCCGUUACCCAAGAACUAACACACGUCACUCCUUUAAUAACCCCCUCAUUUCUUACCGCCACACUUUCCCACCUCAGAUUCUCUCCCCCCCAAACACUCCCGUAUUCAUCAAUAAUCUCCUAGAAACCUCUAACUUGCGCCAUGUUCUGCACUACGCAACCCUUCCCAGCACAACCGCUUCUUCAUCAACCACCCUAGAUCUCUCUCUCUCUCUCUCUCUAUAUAUAUAUAUAUAUAUAUAUCCUUAAAGAAAACAAAAACACUUUUUCUUUUAAGGGGAAAUAAAGAGUACGUUUAGGGCUUUAACAAAAAUGCUUGUAUCAGUGUUUCUGGCCCUUUUUCUACCGUGCGCCGGCAUGAGCGGAGUGUUCAUCGUCUACUUAUGUCUCCUAUGGUACGCCACCAGCAACCAAAACGAUCAGGAGUACCGGUCACCGGCUAAGCCGGUUUCCGUGCAGGGGUUGUCGGCUUCGGAGCUGGAGAAGUUGCCGAAGAUCACGGGGAGAGAGCUUGUGAUGGGGUCGGAGUGCGCCGUUUGCCUUGACGAGAUUGAGGAGGAGCAACCGGCUCGGCUGAUUCCCGGUUGCAACCACGGCUUCCAUCUAGAGUGCGCCGAUACAUGGCUUUCCAAGCAUUCGGUUUGUCCGAUUUGUAGGGCCAAGCUCGACUCUCAGUUUUUCACUGCCUCUGAUCAAAACCCUUGUUAAAUACACGAGGCUUAUAAUAUCGUCUUAUUAUGUUAUUUUUUCUAUUAGGGUUUUGAUUUUUGAAGGUUUAAUUUGUACAGUCAUCAUCGUUGAUCUCUUUUUUUUUUUUCCUUG